GGAAGCGGCGCCGCCCUCCGCAGGCUCCGCCCCCGGCGCUCGCCCCUCCCCGCGGGCUGAGGGGAAAGCUGCCGUCUCAGUUGGCGGGACCGUCUCCACAGCAGCCUUUGUUCGCCCGUGAGCCCGCCGUGAGGCACGUGGAGGGUUCUAGUUCGGAGUGAAAAUAACACCUGGAAGGAUAAGCGCUGUGUGCAGAGAGAUGAGAGAUCUCAUUUUGUUUGAGACUGGAUAUAGUUGAAAUCAAACCACAAACCAAGAGGGUAUGAUGGCUAAGAAGCCCCCGAAACCAGCCCCCCGCAGGAUCUUCCAAGAAAGGUUAAAGAUUACUUCUCUACCUUUGUACUUUGAAGGGUUUUUGUUAGUCAAGAGGUCAGAAUACCAGGAAUAUAAACAUUAUUGGACAGAGUUGAGAGGAACUACGCUUUUCUUUUAUUCUGACAAAAAAAGCCCAAAAUAUGUUGACAAGUUAGACAUAAUAGACCUCACGUGCCUUACUGACCAGAAUUCAACUGAAAAGAAUUGUGCAAACUUCACCCUUGUUUUGCCAAAAGAGGAAGUGCAACUGAAGACAGAGAACACAGAAAGUGGGGAAGAAUGGAGAGGCUUCAUUCUUACAGUAACAGAGCUGUCCGUCCCCCUACACAUGUCACUCCUCCCUGGGCAAGUAAUUCGACUGCAUGAAGUCCUAGAGAGAGAGAAAAAAAGGAGGAUUGAGACAGAGCAGAUGCCAAGCUCAGCUCUGGGAAAGGAGAAGGAACCAGUUGAAGAUUAUGUGGAUGUACUGAGCCCUAUGCCAGUAUGUUUUUAUUCAGUGUCCCGGAAAGAAGCAACUGAGAUGCUUGAGAAGAACCCUUCUUUGGGAAAUAUGAUCCUGAGACCUGGUAGUGACAGUAAAAGCUACUCCAUCACCAUCCGGCAGGAGAUAGACUUGCCAAGAAUCAAGCACUACAAAGUGAUGAGUGUAGGAAAAAACUACACCAUUGAACUGGAAAGACCUGUUACACUCCCAAACCUUUUCAGUGUCAUUGAUUAUUUCAUGAAGGAGACUCGAGGAAAUUUACGACCAUUUAUAUAUUCCACUGAUGAAACCCUUGAGACCAAAGGAUUUCCUGCAACAUCUCUAAAAUUAAAAAAAAAUGUUUAGGGUGGCAGUGAAUCUGAUAUAAUUUGUUUCAUGUUAGUUAUCUAAUUCUGUGGGACAAACCACCCCAAAACAUGGUAGUUAAAUCAACCACCAUUGUAUUUGCUCACAAUUCUGUGCAUUGACAAUUUGGAUUGUAUUCAGUUGGGCAGUUCUUCUGCUAGUCUCACUUGUCACUAACACAACGGUAACCAGCUGGUGUCCUGACUGGUGCUGUAUGUUUCAGGUUGGUCUCAUCACACAUCUGUUGCUGGUAGCCGGCUGGAGCUGGCUGAACCACUCUCUUCACGUACUCUCCAAUACUUGAGGAGUUAGCUCAGGCUCUCUCACAUAUCUCAGAGCUGUUAAGAGGAGAAGGAAACCUCAAGUCCUUGGGCUAGAAAUUCUCAGUGUUAAGGAUCACGUAUGGCCCUGUUGGAGCUUCUGGUAAAGGAGAAGCUGUGAAUUGAAUAAAAAUAUUGAAGUGUGAUGUGUCUUAUGUACACAGCUAUACUUCUUUUUUAAAAAAAUUUAACCUGCAUGUAAUAAACUUCACCUGUUUUGGUAUACAGUCUAAUGAGUUUUGACAACCACCAGCAGAAUCAAGAUACAGAAAGUUUCAUCACUUAAAAAAAUGCCCUAAUGUUCUUUCUUUAUAGUUAACCCUUCUCACCCACAAUCCCUGGCAACUACUGAUCUGUUUUCCUUUCCUAUGGUUUUGCAUUUUCCAAAAUGUCAUAUCAAUGGAAUCACAGUAUGGAAAACUUUUGAGGCUGAUUACAUUCAUUCUUCAUAUUGUCUAGAUUCACACAAGUGUUGUAUUACUAGCUUGUUCUUUAUUGCUGAAUAGUAUUUCACUCUAUGGAA